AUGGCUAGGACUUUGAUCAGAGCGAAUCACAGGGCAAAACAGUCGGUCAAAAUUGCAAUAAUAUCUUCCUUGCCAGGAGCUACGGACAUCAUAUUGCCCGAUCCACCUGUUCCUAGACUUCUCAUCUCUAAUCAACCUCCCACUGAAUCCGAAUUGGCAUUGAUCUCUGAAUCGAUUCAGGCUGCACAGGCGGAAGCGACUCGCUUGUCUGAGACCCUCAACAAAACGAAAAGUGACAGAGAGAUUAGUCGAGCUUUGGAAUUGGUGACCAUUUACAAGCUCGAGGCUGCAAAUCAAUUUAUCCGCCAGCACCAGGGUAUUAUAUCAAUUGUACGACGACUUCCCGUCGAAAUUUUGCAAGAGGUGUUCUUAUGGGUUGGAACAAGCCUUUUCGAACCAAACGCAUGGUCUAGCCCCAGAUCUUUUGUCAUUUACAACUCAGGUCCUCAGUGGAACCUUGCCCAAAUCUGUCAUUCAUGGAGGACCAUUGCUCUUAAUAUUUCAUCUCUCUGGAAACUACCGUCCAUUACGCUUGACAAUUCAGGCACGAGAUCCAAAUUACAGCUGCAAUGCAUCAAAGAGCUGCUCCGACGCUCGAAAGGACAGCCCCUCCAUCUGAACAUUACUUGUAGCUAUGACUUUGAAGGAGAAUCACACCCUGUGUUGAAUUUUCUGUGCCAGUAUGCAGAAAGCUGGGAAACUUUGUGUGUGAAAUUACCUUGCAAGGCCUUCGCAGCUCUCCGUUCUCUUCGAGGUCGGCUUCCAGCCCUUAGGAGAAUAGAUCUCUCAACUUCUUCGUGGUCAUGGACAUGGUCGGUAGUCGAACCCAACGAUUGUUUUCAAUCGGCCCCCCUUUUAACGACAGUGUAUGUGGAGAGUCCGUUGCGGGCCAUGUUUCCCUUACCAUUCAAACAACUACUGCACUACACUGAAGAUCAUGGCAUCGGAUUGACUAGCCCGACAAAUUGGACCCCUCCCAAUUUUGAUUUCCAUGCAUUGACUACGCUAUCGCUGACGUUCUAUUCCGAAGGCUAUGUAUUUCCGCACAUUGCUCUCUCUUUCCUCGUCAGCCUUGAAAUACGUGUUUUUUAUAACUGUCCGACAAUGCGAAGCUGUUUUGAUUAUCUCAAGGUUCCUGCAAUCCAAAUAUUGCACAUAACAGCGGAUCAUGACAACACGAUGCCGAGUCUUGCCCGAAUGCUCAAUAACUCGUCUCCCUGCCCGUUAAAGAAACUAACUCUUCGACAUCCAAAACGUGUGGGGCCAAAUGAGCUGUCUGAACUUCUCUUGUUUGCACCAGAGUUGGACACCUUGAGUGUCAAUCUACCGAUGUCAUCCUCCGACAUUCUCAACCUUGCUUAUGGUUAUAAGCAUCAGCCUCUUGUCCCCUUGUUGCGCACAUGUGCUUUCCAUCAUUACAAACGCAUCAAUGAAGGAGAGACCACCGAUGCUGCCAUAAUGGACGCUUUGAAUAGGCUUGCUCGUUCCCGUUGCGAGGAUCGCUAUAAAAUUGAAUCAGAUUUCAGCAUUAUGUCCAUUGAACGUCUUGAAGCCUUUGAAGAUUUUAAGCUGUCCAUUAGCUUCGAGCAUUUUGAAGGACCUAUGCUGGAGCUGCAUGCCUCAUUCAAUAAUUGGAGUCCAUCAACUACUACUUCUAACACUUUAUUGUCAUUGAAAUCCGAGCUACUCGAAGUAGUUCCCAGAUUACGUGAGGGGUAUUGCAGCCUUGACCACCCUGCAUUAGCUCGAAACCGUAAAGUCAAUGAUAUUCUUAACAGUAUUGAAUCAAUGCCAGUGGGGGAUGUUAGAGAUAUUGUGCAGUCAGCACAAGACCCUUCGACAUUGCCAAUCCGCGGAAAGAAUUUUAUUCAAAUGGAAAACUUUGCUAAGUGA